UGAUCCACUUGUAUCUUACAGUUAAAUAAACAAGAAAGAUAGACCUUCCCUGGAGAGAGAGUUUUUUUCCUUUUCCUGUUAGCUUCUCUGUUAAAGCAUUUUCAAAGCUAACUGUGUCCAUUACUAGAGAUAAUAGUGUGUCAACUUCCAACUGUGCUAUGACCAAAAUCUCUUUCCAUUAAUGUUAAACCAAAGCUCACAAUCUUCGAGGAAGAACACCAUGCGGAAGCAGUAACUGCAUCAAUUCCAGGUACCCCACCAUACCAAAUCCUAAGCUUUUCAGCAAAAAAGUAAAAGUUGUAGUUGGUGUUUCAUUGGAAAGGGGAAACUUCCAUAGCAAACUUUUCAAUAGCUUCUUCAAUAGACUUUUCAAGUCCUAUAUUUCUUCUUCUAAAAGGGUUAAGCAAAAAUCGUUUUAACCUUUCUUCUUAUCUCUAAAGAUCAGUUUAUUACUCAACCCUGUGUUUUCCCUGUUUCUGCCUAACGGGUGGUUUUGAACCUGUUCCAAAGCUCAGCAUUUCCAGACCCGUAUUUACAACUUUUGAGGCCACUCUCAGCUUCAAAUCUGUUUCACCUUACUAGUACUGACUAGAUAACAUUCGAUGGCAAGUUCUCUUGGUAAUCAGUAUCUCUUAUUAGCUGCUUUCAGAUGCUUAAAAGCUUAAUAAAGUGUGCAUAGUAACAAGAGAGUUCUUCCAUGGGGUACCGUAGCUUGUUUCUUCUGUUAUGUUUCCCGUGGAGUUUUCUCAUUACUGGUACUCAUCAAUUACAAUCCUCACAAACACAAGUGCUUCUUCAGCUAAGGAAGCAUUUAGAGUACCCAGCUCAACUAGAAUUUUGGAAUAAUCAUGGAAUGGAUUUAUGCUAUUUAUCUCCAUCCACACAAUUAAAUAUGACAUGCCAGGACAAUGUUGUCACUGAGCUGAGAAUGACGGGAGACAAGCCGGUCAAGGUCAAUAGCUUUGUGGGAUUUGCAAUUACUAAUAAAACUUUAUCAGGGAACUUCUCUAUGGACUCUUUUGUGAUCACUCUUGCAAGGUUGACCAGCUUGAGAGUUCUUAGUCUUGUUUCUUUGGGCAUUUGGGGUCCGCUUCCAGACAAAAUUCAUAGGUUGUCUUCGCUUGAAUAUUUGGAUUUGAGUUCAAAUUAUCUCUUCGGUUCCGUUCCUCCAAAGAUUUCUACAAUGGUGAAACUUCAAACUCUUAAACUGGAUGACAAUUUCUUCAAUGAUACAGUCCCUGCUUGGUUUGAUUCGUUGUCUAAUCUGACAAUUCUAAGCUUAAGGAACAACCAGUUGAAAGGUCCAUUUCCAUCUUCAAUACAGCGAGUAACCACUCUCACUGAUCUUAUUUUGUCUGGCAAUGAUAUAUCCGGGAAGUUACCAAAUCUUGACAUGUUAAGUAAACUGAAUAAGCUAGAUUUGAGCGAAAACAGUUUAGAUUCUGAUCUACCUUCAAUGCCCAAAGGGUUGGUCAUGGCUUUCCUUAGCAACAACUCCUUGUCAGGUGAGAUCCCAAGGCAAUAUAGCCAGCUAAGUCAGCUUCAGCAUUUUGAUAUGUCAUUCAAUGAACUAAGUGGAAAAAUUACUGCUUCCCUUUUCUCAUUGCCCAGCAUUAGCUACUUGAAUUUGGCAUCAAAUAUGUUGAGCGGUUCACUCCCAGACCGUCUGACCUGUGGCAGCAAACUUCAGUUUGUUGAUGUAUCUAAUAACAGGUUAACUGGUGGAUUGCCUUAUUGUUUUACUGAAUCAGGAUAUAGAGUGGUAAAGUUUGGUGGAAAUUGCUUAUCUGUUGAUUUACAUCAUCAGCAUGCAAAAUCAUCUUGUAUAGAUGUUCCUGUGAAAAGGAAACAUUCUGGAGGCAAAAACAUGGGAGUACUAGUUGGUGUGCUUGCUGGCAUAUUUUUCUUCAUAGUUCUCAUGGCUUUUGGCCUUGUCAUGGUGCGCAAAAGAUAUUUCUCUCGAGGGAUACCGGAGCAGCAUUUGUUGCACAAAGCAGAGCAGGAUAAAUCAGUGACAGGAUUCUCCUCUGAGUUCCUCUCUAGUGCAAGGUUUGUUUCCGAAGCUGCAAAAUUGAGUAUACAAGGUCUCCCAGCAUGCCGGUCAUUUACACUAGAAGAGUUAAAGGAAGCAACAAACAACUUUAAUAACUCUUCCAUUUUGGGCGAUGGUUCUUACGGGAAGCUUUACAAAGGAAUAUUAGAGAAUGGAACCCAGGUUGCUGUAAGGUGCGUACCUUCAUCAAAGAAAUAUUCAAUGCGAAAUCUUAAACUCAGGAUGGAUUUGCUUGCAAAGCUUCGCCACCCGCACCUGGUUUGCCUUUUAGGGCACUGCAUUGAUGGUGGGGGACAAGAUGAUUACAGAGUGAACAAAGUCUUCCUCGUAUACGAAUAUGUUUCUAACGGCAACUUCAGAGCUUACCUCUCUGAGGACAGUCCUGGAAAGGUUCUAAACUGGCCAGAGAGAUUGGCAGUGCUAAUUAGUGUCGCAAAGGCUAUUCACUUUUUGCAUACUGGAGUUAUUCCUGGUUUCUUUAACAAUCGAUUGAAAGCAAAUAAUAUACUGCUCAAUGAACAUGGGAUAGCAAAGUUGAGUGACUAUGGGCUUUCCAUCAUCUCUGAAGCAGCUGGAAAUUGUGGGGAAAAUGGGGAAGAGCCUAAAUCAUGGCAAAUGGCAAGAUUAGAGGACGAUGUUUGUAGCUUUGGAUUCAUAUUACUUGAAUCACUCGUUGGACCUUCAGUAUCUUCCAGAAGAGACAAGCUUGCACUAGAUGAAUUGGCAUCUUGUAACAGCCAAGAGGGACGUCAAAAAUCAUUAAACCCUAUUGUUUUGGCCACAAGCUCACAAGAAUCUUUAUCAGUUGUGAUUACGAUAACCAACAAAUGCAUUUAUUCUGAAUCAUGGAGUCGACCAUCAUUUGAAGACAUUCUUUGGAACUUGCAGUAUGCAGUUCAGGUCCAGGCAACAGCAGACGGUGAACAGUUUCGAUGAGUUGUAUAUCAGUUGCUCCAAGAAAUUGCCUCCCCGUCUUUAGCAUCCUUGAAAAGUUUGUUUUUCACUGAGGUGGUAACUGUUAUAGCACAAGUUUGAAGCAGCUUAUCUCAAUUAGAUCAUCUAUAGUUUAUGUACAUUGUAGAGACUAACCGAAGAUCAAUAAGUAAGGAAGAAAUUUGCCUUUCAGAUGGCGAUUAUUAUUCA